ACCCACCCAGUCCUGCCUCUGAGGUGCCACACGGAUCCCUCCACGCGUUUGGGCUGGGGAUAGCAGCAGCAGCAGCAGCAGCAGCAGACAGACAGAGCAGGGCGGCAAGAGAGGAGAGAGAGAGAGAGAGAGAGAGAGAGAGAGAGAGAGAGAGAGAGAGAGAGGGGUGUGAGAGCAGAACACAGCACCUCGCCUGCACAAGCAUCCGUGCACAGGGCGUGUGGAUGUGAUGCCCACCCGGAGCGAGAUGGUGUAAACAAACCUGCUUUGCCCCGUCACUGAGCUCCACCACGGAGGUUGCUUGCCACGAUGUUGAGCCGUCUGUUCAGCGAGGUCCUGCCGGACGUCCAGAGGCUCGCAGCGGACUGGGCGGAGGACAAUGAGGAUGAGGAUGGCAAGAACAAGGACGAAGAGCACGAUCUCUGUGAACUCGAGGACGACGACCUGGACGAGCCCCUGGAAGGCAGCAGUCGAGCUGAGUCUGAGAUGGCCGGCGACGAUGACGAGGAUGAUGAGGCCGAGGAAGAGGAGGGCGACGAGAACAGUGGAGACAAACCCAAGAAGCGCGGCCCAAAGAAACGCAAGAUGACGGCGGCGCGCGUGCAGCGCUCCAAGGUGCGUCGAAUGAAGGCAAAUACGCGGGAGCGCACGCGCAUGCACGACUUGAAUUCGGCGCUGGACAAUCUGCGCAAAGUGGUGCCAUGCUACUCCAAAACCCAAAAACUCUCCAAGAUAGAGACUCUGAGGCUGGCCAAGAAUUAUAUAAUGGCCCUUGGGGAGAUUUUACGCAACGGGAAACGGCCAGAUGUGGUGGCCUACGUGCAGAUGUUGUGCAAAGGCCUGUCUCAGCCCACUACCAACCUGGUGGCAGGUUGUCUGCAGCUCAACACCAGGAACUUCCUGACCGAACCGUGUUCAGAUGGAGCCCGCUUCCACGUGCCCAGCUCUCCCUUCUCCGUCCAUCCGUACUCCUACCGGUGUUCCCGCAUCUCCAGUCCUCACUACCAGCCCGCGACCGGUGCGCUUAACGUGCGGGGCCAAUCCUACGGUUCUGGGUAUGAGGCCGUGUACCCGCCGGGUGGGACGUCCCCUGACUAUAACAGCCCGGACUACGAGGCCCCGCACAGUCCUCCCGUCUGCCUGAACGGCGGACUGUCCGGCAGACAGCAGGCGCCCUCUGAGGCGGACAGGAACUAUCAUUACUCUAUGCAUUACUCCGGACUGACCACAUCUCGGCCCAGCCACAGCAUACCUUUCGGGCCCUCGGGACCGCGCAGUGGCGGUUCGCACUCGGAAAACAUCCCGCCUUUCCACGACGUGCACUUGCACCACGACAGGGCGGCUCCGUAUGAGGAUCUCAAUGCUUUUUUCCACAACUGAGCCCUCACAAUCAGACGCAUUGCCCUUCUAAUGACAAUCCUAUAUAACGUGUAAUAUUGUUGGGGAACAAGAGAAGCGUCUGAAAGGAUGAGAAAUGAAGUCCUCUGAUUACCUUCUGUGUUCUACUGAUGUCAUCCCUAUACUGUUGUACUUCCUAUCAACGUGUGUCCAGUAAUACCCUGUAUGCAGAAUGAGCGCAAUUGACAUAAAAGAUGUAUAGGCCUAAACAUGUUAUGACAUAAAGAACAGAAAUAAAAAAUAAAGUUUUAUAACUGUCUGAUAUGAUCGAACAAUUAUUCUUCUGAACAUCAUCACUAUGGGUCUGUGUUGAUAUGUAGGCUUGAAGCAGUGGUUCUGGCUUUUUCAUUAAACAAUAACAAAUAAUAAAACCUCCACACAAAUAUAAAAAAAAAAUCUCGUCUGAAAUGGUAUCAUCGAGAGUGUUUGGCUGCAGUUAGUGAUUAAAAAAAUGAUACUGAAAACAAAAUGGAUACUAGUUUCAACAGGCACGUCAAAAAUGUUUUUUGAUCAAAUCAAGCUUAAGGGUCUGCAGAUUGUGCGUCUACAAUGUUUAGAUCACACAAAUAAAAUUUGGCUAGUUUUCUGGUGAAAAUAUUUUAUGUAAAAUACCACACUGUCUAUUGUGCUUAAUAUUUAUCAUAGUUUUAGCUUUACAGUUAAUAAUGUAUAGACUAGGGGGGAAAACUAAAUAUUGGCAUAGAUUAUAGUCAUAUAAUCAUUUUUAAUAAAUGCCUCAGCAUGCAGCAUCUAAAAUAUCUGAAGAACACUGACAGACAAAACAAUCUGAAAUGCUGUAUCGGCUAAUUAGAUUAACAGCUACUCAUAAUUAAAGCUUAAUUCAACAAAAUACUUGCUCUAAAAUAAUCCAAGUAACAAUGGAUAUUGGGGAGUAGAGAUAUAGAAAUAAAAUAAAAUUAGCAGAGGGCACAUUCAAAAUGGUAUAACUCUGAAAAGCCUGAGACAAAAGAAUCAACACUGUAUU